UCUGUGGUUGUUUUUAAUUUAACGUCGGAAUCAGAAAGGUAUGUAAAAUCUUGUAAAAUUAAGGAUACGUUUAUUAUCUUUCUACAUUCUCUUUAUUUAUUAAUAAAGGAUGCUUACCUAAGAUUACAAAUGUUUAUCUAAAAUUAGAUAUGUUACAUCUGUAUGGGGUAACUGGAUGAGUUGGUUUUUAAAAGUUGUUAUAAAUAUUAUAGAACAAAUUCAAGUAAAGAAGGUCAUGAAGGUGAAAAAUUUGGCGGUGUUUGAUUUUGACCACACAGUCAUUAAUGAUAAUUCAGACACUGUUGUUCUUAAUCUUAUUGAUAAAUGCAAAAUUACAGAUGAUUUGCGAAAUUUGUACAGAAGCGACGGUUGGACGGCUUAUAUGCAGGGAAUAUUCGAAGUAUUACAUGAAAAUAGAGUAGCACAAAUACACAUUGAUAAUAUAAUAAAAGAAAUUCCAGAAGUUGAUGGCAUGAGCACUUUGAUCAAUGAACUGCAUCAUAACAUGAAUUAUGAUGUUAUAAUCAUAAGCGAUUCAAAUACUCAUUUCAUUCAAACAUGGCUAGAAGCAAAUAAUUUACACACAACCGUACUAAGAGUGUUUUCAAACCCAGCCAAGUAUAAUGACAAAGGUCAGUUAAGGAUAAAGAUGUAUCAUUUUCAAGAACAGUGUACUUUAAGUACAAAAAAUCUUUGCAAAGGAAUGAUUUUAGAGGAUUUUAUGAGAAGUCAACAUGCUAACAAAGUUAAAUACGAUAGGGUUGUGUAUGUAGGAGAUGGUCAUAAUGACCUCUGUCCUAUUUUACGAUUAACUGACAAAGGAGUGGCUUGUGUUAGAAAUAAAUAUAAAUGUUCAGUUCUGUUAAACAAACUUUUAAGUGGGGAGAAUAUCGAAGGAUUUGAUAAGAAUAAGCACUGUCUUAAGGCUCCAGUCUGUAUCUGGGAUAAUGGACAUGAAAUUUUAGAUUUUAUCAAGAAACUUAAUUAAAGUUUUUUUGCAGAAAAAUUAGACUGAUCUUUGCAUUUAAUAGAUGAAUAUUUUGUGAUCUAUUCUUUAUAGAGAAAUACAGCUACUUACUUAUGUAUAUUUAUUUUAACUUAUAUUUUAUUACUGUACCUAGUACAAUGUAUGUACAAUUUAAUAUUUUAUUGCUAUAUGGAGUAAUGAAAUGAAACCAAAGAAUUUGCAUUGUUUUUUUUUAUUAUACCUUACACAUUUCAUUACAUUGGCACCUAAUAAGGGUUAGUAGCCACUUUAUCAUCAUUUUGAGAUAUAUUUACAAUGAAUUUGUUUGAUACUUCUCAUUUCUCAUCAUAUAUAAUGUAUACUGUUAGACAGAGAGCUGGCUACAUAAAAAACCUUAUCAUCGUUACAUGGAUAAUUUUUUGUGUGAAGUAUCCUUUUGUGUAGCCAUGGUGAAAUAGUCAUGUCUGCCAGCGAAAGAGGCAUAGAAUUUUGACAAAAAAAUCAUCGCACACAUGCAUGUCGAUUGUUGGAAUGUCAUGUUUAUUGUUAAUUAAUUUAAAAAGCCGUAUGCAAAAGGGCAGACAAAAAAUCGUUAUUGAAAU